GCGGGCGGAGGCCCGGCGGGGCCAGGCGUGCGUCGCAGCCAGGAGGGGGUUAACGCUAACCCCUCCCCCUCGGGCUGACAUCACGGGAGAGCGGUGAGAGGCUGGAGCUCGGCGAGUGAGAGAAAGAGAGGGAGAGGAGCGAGCGCGGCUCGCCUCGGCGCCCAGGCAGCUCCACAUUGUUGCGGAUCGCCGGCACCGGGCAGCGCAGCGGCGACGGGGACGCGCGGCGCACCCGGCUCGCUCUCCUCGUGCGGGCUGCACAGCCUGAGCCUCUCCCGCAGCUGGCCGCCGAGCAGUGUGCCCGCAGCCUGGGCCCCGAGCCCUCCGCGCCGCCCGGGUUCGUCCCGCCAUCCUCGGAGGACGGCCGGCCAUGGACGCCUGCAAGUUGGAGCCGAGCGGGAGGGUGUGAGCGCGCCAGGGGCCGGGAGCCCGCGCCGCGCAGCCGGGCAGCCGGGCGCGCCGGGGGUGGGUCCCUCGCCCCAGCCCGGCUCUGCGUGGAAGAAGAGGGCGGGGACCCGCGCGGGGAGGAGAGCUGAGGAGGCGAAGGGGGCAUGACUCGUGCAACUUGCGGCGGGCAUCUGCCGAGCCUCUGAGCCGGCUGCAGCCCGGGCCCCGGAUUGCGGCCGAGCGGAUCCCACCCAGCCCACCCCGCCCCGGCCGACGGCUGCGGCUGACCUGGAUCCUCCGAGCGCCCGCCGGCCGCCAGCGAUCCGCCCUCGUCUUCCGGGCUGGUUUCUGGAGCGCGAGGAGCGCCCUCCUCGCCUCCCCUCUCACCGGACCCCGGGACCCCGAUGGCUCGGAUGGGGCUUGCGGGCGCCGCUGGACGCUGGUGGGGACUAGCUCUCGGCUUGACCGCGUUCUUCCUCCCAGGCGCCCAGACGCAGGUGGUGCAGGUGAACGACUCCAUGUACGGCUUCAUCGGCACAGACGUGGUACUGCACUGUAGCUUUGCCAACCCACUGUCCAAUGUGAAGAUCACCCAGGUCACAUGGCAGAAGGCAACCAAUGGCUCCAAGCAGAACGUGGCCAUCUACAACCCAGCCAUGGGUGUCUCCGUGCUGGCUCCCUACCGUGAGCGCGUGGAGUUCCUGAGGCCCUCCUACACUGAUGGCACCAUCCGCCUCUCCCGCCUGGAGCUGGAGGAUGAGGGUGUCUAUAUCUGUGAAUUUGCCACCUUCCCUACUGGCAACCGUGAGAGCCAGCUCAAUCUCACUGUGAUGGCCAAACCCACCAACUGGAUAGAAGGCACUCAGACAGUGCUUCGAGCGAAGAAAGGGCAGGAUGACAAGGUUCUGGUGGCCACCUGCACCUCAGCCAAUGGGAAGCCUCCCAGCGUGGUGUCCUGGGAGACUCGGCUAAAGGGUGAGGCGGAGUACCAGGAGAUCCGGAACCCCAACGGCACAGUGACAGUCAUCAGCCGUUACCGCCUGGUGCCCAGCCGGGAAGCCCACCGGCAGUCCCUGGCCUGCAUCGUCAACUACCACAUGGACCGCUUCAAGGAAAGCCUCACCCUCAACGUGCAGUACGAGCCUGAGGUGACCAUCGAGGGUUUUGAUGGCAACUGGUACCUGCAGCGGAUGGAUGUGAAGCUGACGUGCAGAGCUGACGCUAAUCCCCCAGCCACUGAGUACCACUGGACCACGCUAAAUGGCUCUCUCCCUAAGGGCGUGGAAGCCCAGAACAGAACACUCUUCUUCAGGGGACCCAUCAACUAUAGCCUGGCAGGGACCUACAUCUGUGAGGCCACUAACCCCAUUGGCACACGCUCAGGCCAGGUGGAGGUCAAUAUUACAGAAUUCCCCUACACCCCAUCUCCUCCCGAGCAUGGGCGGCGCGCCGGGCCGGUGCCCACGGCCAUCAUUGGGGGCGUGGCGGGGAGCGUCCUGCUGGUGCUGAUUGUGGUCGGCGGGAUCGUGGUGGCCCUGCGCCGGCGCCGGCACACCUUCAAGGGUGACUACAGCACCAAGAAGCACGUGUACGGCAAUGGCUACAGCAAGGCGGGCAUCCCCCAGCACCACCCGCCCAUGGCGCAGAACCUGCAGUACCCGGAUGACUCGGACGAUGAGAAGAAGGCCGGCCCGCUGGGCGGGAGCAGCUACGAGGAGGAGGAGGAGGAGGAGGGCGGUGGAGGGGGUGAGCGCAAGGUGGGCGGCGUGCACCCCAAAUACGACGAGGAGGCCAAGCGGCCCUACUUCACCGUAGAUGAGGCCGAGGCCCGUCAGGACGGCUAUGGGGACCGGACUCUGGGCUACCAGUACGACCCUGAGCAGCUGGACUUGGCUGAGAACAUGGUUUCUCAGAACGACGGGUCUUUCAUUUCCAAGAAGGAGUGGUACGUGUAGUCCCCUUCUGGAGCUCUGUCUGUGCCCACCUCUCCCCAGCCCCUCUCCGCACGCCCCCUGUCCGCCCCCAACACCCACUCCUCCAGGAGCCCGACAGAGACUCGCCCAGCUGCCCAAAGCCAGCCCCAAACUCCUGGGGAGCCAGGGGAGCCCAGGGCAGAGCCGACCUGGCUUUGUUUUAAUUUCCUCCCUCUCCCGGCCCUUCCCCAUGGUGUUGUGUUCGACUGUGGCUUGGUGUUGCUGUAUCUUUCCUUUAACAACCCCACCCACUGCCCUAUGUAUAGGGAGCCCUGUUCUUGUCUUGUGUACCUGGGCAUCCCUCCAGGGUUUGGGGAGCCAGCCCUCCCCCGCCCCCCAACACUGGAAUUUGUUUGUAUUUUCUUCAUUGGGAGUGGAGGGCUAAAGGGGCUCCAAAAUGUAGAGAGAGCCCCAGCCCCGCCCCCCAAUGCUGCUCCUCCUCCCAUGGAGAGGGAAGCCAACACCCCCACCUUAGGCUGACUCCUGGACUAGACAGCCGGUACACCCCAGAGGUAGCCAGGUGGGGGUGGCUUCUCCAAGGCACCCAGGGGAGCCUUGUUUGUUAGUUAAGUGGAUCAAGUCAAGGUCCCUACCUGGGCCUUGGGGCAGUGUGUUUUCCUGGUAGGGUGGUUUUACAUUUUUUUUCCUCGUUGGCCUACAGAGUGGAGUUGACCCAACUCUGGUGCAUCCCUCCUUUUACCCCUGAUCUACUCCCCACAUACUGGGGGGCCCCAGGUGAACUCUGCCCACACUUCCUAUAUGCCUCUGCCAACACAUGCACAUACUUACAUGUACACACGCCACCAGUCUACCCCUGCUGUCCCCCAGGGUUCACACGCCCUACCCAGGCUGGACACUGCCCAAGGCCUGUCCCCCAUACCUCUUUCCUCUUCCCAGCUAAAGGUAGGAGCAGCCUGUAGAGGCUUCCAGGGCAGCUAGGAGGAGUCUUCUCUGAUGCUACCACUCUAGGGUUUCAGGCUGACCCCUACCUUUCCUUAACAGCAUGCAACUUUCUCAGAUUUCUCCCUUAUCUAGCAAGUGCUAGCAACACUUGAUUCUCUUGGAAAGUCAGGACUGAAAUCCCAGAAGGGAAUUCCCUCCAGGAGUUAGAGGCGAAGAAGUAUUUACGUGGGAAAGAGAAAGAAGCCAUGCCAGAGAAGCUCUGCAAACACGGUCUGAUAGGAGGACAGCUAACCCCUCACUCACAAAGGCCAACGUCAAUGUCGCAGGCCUCGCAGAAAGUACAAAGUGAGUGGGCAGCCAGGAAACCUACUGCUCACCCACUUUGUUCCCUGCUCAGCUUCCCUUUGCCUGUUUUGGGCUGAGGGGAAGACUGCGGAGAAGCCUGUCUUUGCCGAUUCCCUCUGGAAUGGGACUCUGGGUUCCUCUUGACCAUCCAGGACCAGCUGUCCCAUGUGUGCGGUGGAAGAAGGCCCGUCCCGGUCCUUUCUGUCUCCCAGCUCAAAGUGCCUCAGUUCCUCCAUCUGCUCCCCAGACUCCCCGGCACUCUAGAUGGGCAUGCCCAUGGGAAAGGCCCUGGAAUAGGACAGCUGGGCUCCAAGGGCUCCCAGGCCUGCCCCUCAGGAUCUCAGCUUCCUCAGCCCAGGGUAUCAUGCUCUGUGGGAUGGCAAAUAUUAUUGGGGAGGGGAGGCAGACCACUCUGUGCCCCACGGGCACUGACCCACCCUGCCAUAGGCUUCCUAAGGGAGCCCCCAGUCCCUACCCUACUCCCCCUGGUGCUGCUAUCAAACCCCCAGGCAAAGCUCUAUCUCUGCCCUGGCAACCCUGGGCCCACCAGCUGGGCCACCCUCACCAGCCCUCACUGCCCCAGCCCCAGCCCCAGCCCAGGCCGCCCAGUAGCCACGUAGCAGAAGUCUGAAGCCAUGCCAGCCCUGGGGCGGCUCUCCCUUCUUGGCAUUGGGGGCACUGCAUGGAGUGGAGUUGGGGGAGAAAAUUCUGGGGUCUUUCUAGCCACAGGGCAGAUGGAGAGGAGGAGCUGGGCUGCUUCUCCCAGCAGUAUUAGUGUCCCCUAGGGCAGGGGACUUUCCCAUGCUACAUCACUGCCCCAUCCCUCUUCAUGCCACUCCAGCCCCUCUGCUUGGGCCCCUUCUCCCCAGGCAGGAGACCAACCCAGGGCCCAGCCUAACAGAGGCAGCCCCUGUCCUCAUGAAAUCAUGAGACUGAAAGGAUUUGUUGUCCUCAUCUCCCUUGCCCUACACUGCCACCCUGUUCCUCAUUCUGUGAUGGACUGAGGAGGCUCCAGGCCCAGACAAAGCACUGAGUCCCCCUUGAGACACCUCCACGUCUUUCCCCCAAGCAAAGCACAAAUUAUGGGGUCCAUGCGGCACAGUCGCGGAGUCCAGCCUCAGCACGCCCAUCAGGGCUGCUGCUAUAUUGGGCUAAGCAUAGGCAUGAGGCAGGGGCUGGCACUCAGACUAGGGAGAUGGGGUUUUCUGUGCCCCCUGUUUGUGGGACAGUGGGCACUGCUGCUGGGCUGCAGACACAGCCAUCUGGCAAAGGGAGAUCCGGCCCAGCAGAGAGAUGAGGACAUUUUGCUUCUCCUUCAUGUCCCCAGCAUGAUCUGAGCUUCUGCUUUGCCAGAAAUAAAAUAAACUUGGUAUUAAUUGUGCCAAGGCCUCCCUGGUUGUCAUCCUGCCUCUUGUUGCCCUCUCUGUCCUUACCCCCACCCCACUGCCCCUCUACCCGUUUUCUUACAGAUUUUGGUAUUUGUUCUAAUGUGCAACAACUAUCUGAGUUCCCUUUUACCAGAAGGAUCUGAAAAGCAGCAGCACAGAAUAGGUGACCCCAGGCCUGUAAGCGCAGCCACCUCAGGCCCAGCAUGCAUGCACGUGGAAGGCACACACACCUCCCACAGACCCAAGCACAGGUGUUUGUGCAUGCACGCACAGAUACGCACGUGGCCAGAUGAGCACUCAGCACAGAUGCAACAGAGGAAUGGGCAGAAGCUGCUGGAAGCCCUUAAGGAGAAACAAUGACUUCCCAGUGCUCAGGCCAUAAGAGAGCCCCACAGGGGCUCUGGUCCUGGGCAUGUGCCCCAGUCACUGGUGCAAUAACUUUUCUGCUGUCCUCAAGGCAGAAAAAUAGGGACUCAUGUCAGCUGGAUAUGGGCAGCUCACCCAACCAAGCCCAGCAGACUCGUAUUCCCUCUCCUGGGAGGAGGUGGGUGCUCCUAGGCCUCUGGGGGUCCAAAUGGAGACUCCCAAAGCCUGACUGCCAACAGAAACCCUCUCCUAGUGAGGGGCAGGUGGGCCGAGCCACUCUGGGCCAGGGAGGUCCAGGAGGUGAGGCUCUGGCCUCUGCUGCUGCUGCUCUUCUGACCCCUGCUGUGAGGAAUGGGCUUGUUGGCCACAAAAGGAAAAAAAAAAAAAAAAAGGUUUUCUUUUUUUGUACAAAUGGAAACAAAAUCCAGGAGAAGCUGCCACCCUCACCUCUGAGUGUGAUUUGCUUCCUUUGCUUCAGUUUCUUCGUCACUGUUUUCGUCUUUUGGUCCUGGGAACGGCCCAGCAGAUUCUCCUGGUUCUGACCCAAGGGGUAUUUGCCUCACCCCCUUUUACUUGUAUAAAAAAAAUGAUGGGUUGAAAAAUGUACUGAGGAAAAAAAAUGUACUUUUUUAUAAAUAAAGUGUUUAAAACAGAA